CUUUAUUCUGGCAGCUUGCAAACUCAAAGAGGCAAAAAGAGUGCGAUAAAUUGAUAAAAGAGCUCCAACUCUGAGUCUGUAAAAGACUCUCCCUCUUCUUUCUCUCUCUCUCUCUCUCUCUCUCUCUCUCUCUCUCUCUAGAUUUUUCCUUAUAUGGCAUCAUGCUUUAUAAGUAAAUAAUAAAUAGUUACCGUAAUCAACCCGAUACCAUUUUCCUUAUAUAUAUACACACAAAAUCAUCGUUUUCUCUGUGCUGGGAAGGUCAAACAUGCAAGUGCACCACCAACUGUAAUGAAUUUCAUAUAUUCUUCUUGCAUUGGUUUUUGAUCAAAAUACACCAUUUUUCAAGGCCCCUUCUCAUUGAUUUUGAGUUCUGUGUUGGGUACCCAAUACCCAAUAAACCCAGUUCUCAGUUGGGUCUCUGAGAAAACGAUUGAAAGCGAUGAAGAACGAAGAACAAGCUCGGUUUCUCUUUGGGAUUUCGCUCUCUGACAGACCCAAAUGGCAGCAAUUCCUUUUUUGCUCUUCUGGGUUCUUCUUUGGCUACCUUGUUAAUGGUAUCUGCGAGGAAUAUGUGUAUAAUAGGCUACAAUUCAGCUAUGGUUGGUACUUCACAUUUGUACAAGGAUUUGUGUAUCUUUUUCUGAUUUACCUCCAAGGCUUCACCACCAAGCAAAUGGUGAACCCAUGGAAGACUUAUGUGAAGCUAUCUGCUGUGCUUAUGGGUUCCCAUGGUCUUACCAAAGGCUCCCUGGCUUUUCUCAACUAUCCUGCACAGCUCAUGUUCAAAUCAACAAAGGUUCUGCCUGUAAUGGUAAUGGGAGCCUUCAUACCUGGUCUGAGACGGAAGUAUCCGGCUCACGAGUACGUUUCUGCAGUCCUUUUGGUGGUGGGUUUGAUCCUAUUCACCUUAGCGGAUGCACAAACAUCUCCCAACUUCAGUGUGAUUGGUGUUUUGAUGGUAUCGGGUGCUCUAGUCAUGGAUUCCUUUUUGGGUAACUUGCAAGAAGCAAUAUUUACCAUGAAUCCUGAAACCACACAGAUGGAGAUGCUGUUUUGCUCUACAGUAGUUGGCCUGCCUUUCUUGAUUCCACCCAUGCUUUUGACAGGAGAAUUAUUCAAAGCAUGGAAUUCAUGUUGGCAGCAUCCAUAUGUCUACGGCGUGUUAAUCUUCGAAGCCAUGGCCACAUUCAUUGGCCAAGUCUCCGUCCUUUCCCUCAUUGCGCUUUUUGGUGCUGCCACCACAGCCAUGAUCACAACGGCUAGAAAGGCAGUCACAUUACUGCUAUCAUACUUGAUAUUCACAAAGCCAUUAACUGAAGAGCACGGGACUGGACUUCUGCUCAUAGGUAUGGGGAUCACAUUGAAGCUCUUGCCUGAAAAUAAACCAAACCAGAGGGUUUUAAACUCAUCUGCCCAGCCCAAGAUUUCAAAACCAGCUUCAACUGAACAUGAAAGGAUUCGACUCGAAAAUGGUGGAGAAGAUGAAGAAAAGAGUCAAUUGGUCUGAAGAAUAAGCUUCUUCAAUUGGUUCCUUAUUUAUCAUUAGCUGUUCAGCAAAUGUUAAUUAUGCUAAAAAACAACUCUAGGAAUUUUUUUUUUCACCUCCGUUUAGAUUUUUUCACCUUUCGUCCGUUCUUUCUAAUUCUUUGUAUUUUUGUCCAGUGUUAGUAAGCCAACAAUUACCCCCCCGUCCCUUAUUUUUAUAAUCUUCUUGUGAAUGUUUUGUACUAUGAAGCUGUAUUUCACAAUUCUGACAAGAAAUUACCAUUAAUCA